GUACGGCUAGAUAUCAUGGGUCUCCUGGUCCAGCUCGUUCACCCCUGCCCUGGCAAGCAGUUUGAUUGGAUGAGGCAAAGAAUAACACGCAUGUGGCCAAAGUGGAGGAAAGCAGCCAUUGAACUGAGGGAUUCUGGGAAGAUUAAACGUGGAAGAAAGAGCAAAAAGAUUCUCCUGCACUUUGGAACUCUAGCUCAGGGAAUAAGAUUGGAUGAAAAGGCCUUUCUUGGUGGUCCACUGGGGGAGCUUGUACAGUGGAGUGAUCUGAUGACAACUUUAUAUAUCCUGGGGCAUGAUGUCACCUUCACCACAGAGAAAAGUCAGAUUGAGUAUCUGCUGACCAAUUAUCAUGACACUCUCCAAAAGUCUACAUGGAGAAAAAAGAAAGUGCCCUUUGACCUCAUUUAUACUGAUAUUUACGGCAUCAAGCUGUUUAAAGAACAAUACCUCCAAGACACAAGCCUAGGCCCAUCUAGGUGUCUCUUCCGUGUGUUGGACUCGUUUGGCACAGAGGCAGAUUUCAACUCCUUGACUUACGCACUGGCUCACCACAGACAGGAAAACCCUGCCAGAGUCUGCUUCUGGUCCUGCAACAACUUGGAACUGCAGCAAUACUUCACAAUGUUUCCCCACACACCAGACAACUCCUUCAUGGGUUUUGUAAUUGAGAAACCAGAGAUGAACGACAGCCUCAGUGUGGCCAGGCACCCCAAACAGGGCCUGAUAUAUGCCAAGCAGCAUUACAUGUUUAAGGGGAAGGAGCCAUACCUGGAUAUCUUGAAGGAGUACUUCACAUUACACGGGACCAGCAGUCCCUCGGUUCUAAUACCCAAAGAGGAUGAGGGGAAGGUUCCCGAUUACGUACAAAAUCAUGGCGUGCUCCAAAACGCUGAGUAUACCCAGUUACUUUAUCAGUCCAAGGUAUUUAUAGGUAUGGGCUUCCCCUAUGAGGGUCCCGCGCCACUGGAGGCCAUUGCAGCUGGCUGCGUCUUCAUCAACCCCAGAUUUGACCCCCCACACAGCCGCAAAAAUAACCGUUUUUAUAAGGAAAAACCAACAAACAGAGAGAUUACAAGUCAGCAUCCUUAUAUUGAGCAUUUUAUUGGGGAACCAUAUGCCUAUACAAUUGAUAUAAGCAACCAAACAAUUUUGAGAAAAACUGUGGAGAAGAUAUUAGCCACAACUGAGACUUUGGGAUAUUUGCCCUAUGAAUUCACAGAAGCAGGGAUGAUAGAGAGAAUGAACUAUUACGUGGAGAACCAGGACUUGUGCUCUGUCCCGAGAAAAAGCCACAUUCCAGACUCCGCCAUUCACUAUGUGUUAGGAGAGCCAGGAAAGUCGUGCAAUGAAGUUUGUAGGGAUCAGGGAUUUAUAUGCGAGAAUACACAUUUCCCAGCUAUGAACAGUGAAACUUUUCUACAUCAGAUGAAGAUAACAUGCGACAUUAAUAAAUUCAUCUCGGACAUUGUCCACCCCUCGGUCAUUAAAGAGACAGAGGACCACUGGACCUGCUUCUUCCAAGCUGAUGCGGAUUUGUUCAGUUGCGCUGGCAGAAAAACAAGCCACAGAAGAGCGUGUUCAUGUAGGACGUUCAAAAAAGACCAGACUGCUCUUUGCGAUACUUGUAGUUGAUGGCCUGCCUUGAGCUAAAAUUGUUGCACAGGGGCGGAUGGAAGCAGUCUUCUGGGACUUCCAGAAAACUGUGAGAAUUUUCUAGGUUUACAUUGACAGGUAUCUGAUUUUCUGUCGGAAGAUGGUCAAUAGUGGAGAAUUGAAAUAUCUCUAGAUUUAGUUCACAUUUUCUAUUAAGCUCGUCUAGUGAUAUGAAUCUACCAUGGUUAUCAAUAAUAUCAUUUAUGAAGAAAACUCCGUUUCGCAGCCAUUUUUUAUAACAUGUAGCUCUAUGGUUAAUUUUUAUCUUGUCGUUUUUCCAUAUCGGUUGUGAGAGGAUUUCUUCAACAGUUGUACUAGGGUUAUUCUGUAUUUCUGCCCAAAAGUCAAUCACGUCUUGCCAAAAACUGUUAUUCAUUUUUAUUGACCUUAAGCCCUCACUUGUUAGGUUCCAAAAAUUUUCUUUUCCAUAUUCUUUGAGUUCGUUUGCGAGUAUAUUUUUCCAGCUACUCUUGUUUUUUGUGUCGAGAAAUCUCUUUAUCCAGGACAAUUUUAGUGAUUUAGCAAACAAUUUAAUUUGUGGCACCCUGAGACCUCCUUUACUAUAGUCUGAUAUCAGUGUUGUCCGUUUAAUUUUGUCAAUUUUACUAUUCCAUAUAAAAUUAAAAAUCAUUGAUCCAAUGUUUUGAAAAUUAUUUCGGAGGGAUUUGGCAACACUGUCAGAAUUUGUACCAGUAUUGGGAAGGCUAAUGUUUUUACUAUUGUUACUUUUCCCAUUAAAGAUAAAUUUCUCAACGACCAGUCCAACAUUAAUUUUUUCACCUUAUUAAUCUUUUCCUCAAAGUUUACAUCAUAAUAGUUAGGUUUAUUAAGUUCAUACUUUAUGCCAAGCAGUUUAAAGUUUCCCUCAUGAUUCCACUUGAUGUUCUCCGCAGUUUGUAUUUCUUCAUAGCACCCUCGUUUGCUUCCGAUCCAAACUGCUUCGGUCUUGUCAAAGUUAAUUUUUAGGCCAGAGCAUUCGGAAAAAAGUUUAAUUACCGCGAGUGUUUUUUGCAGGCUCAAUUGGUCGUCCGAGAGAGUUAGCGUCGUGUCAUCUGCGUAUGAAGUAAUCAGGUACUCGACGUUAUCAAUUUCUAUUCCAUUUAUUUCGGGGUCUUUUUUAAUUGCUGCUGAAAGUAAUUCAAUACAUAAAAUAAAUAAGUAUGGGGAAAGAGGGUCGCCCUGUCUCACACCCCGCCUGACCAUAAAGAAAUCAGAAAGAUGUCCAUUAUUUUGAAUUGACGACGAAAUUUCAGAGUAUAGAGUUUUAACCCAAUUUAUUAUUGUUGGGCCGAAAUUGUAAAAUACUAAAGUGGCAUGUAUGAAAUUCCAUUCCAAAGUAUCAAAAGCUUUUUCAUAGUCUAGUAGGAGGAGGAGACCGGGUAUUUGAACGUUUUCAGUUUUUUCAAUAAGGUCGAAAAUCAACCUUGUGCAUUCACCAAUAAAUCUCCCUUUUACGAACCCUGUUUGUGUGCUACUUAUUAACUUAUUGAGAUAUCGUUUCAUUCUAUUUCCUAGCAAUUUAUUUAUAGCAAUUUCCUCAACUACAUGAGUAUCCAAAGUAUUAUUCCGGUCCAGUGGCGAAAGGCCAUUUUGAAUAAUGGUAAACGUUUAGAAAGCAUCUGCAUUAAGAACAGCAAUGCAAUGAAGAGUGUCCCAAAGCCAUCCAGAUACUUUUACCAAAAAUACAUCCAAGAACUUGAAAAAAUCCCUAGAAAAGCAAUAAACAAAUGGCACACAGAUAUUGGGGAAAUUUUAGACGAAGAGAAAUGGCAUUUGAUAUUUAGAUCGGUUUUUACCGAGAUAGAUGACACAAAAUUACAAACAUUGCAAUUUAGAAUUAAUCAUAGAAUUUUCAGCACAAAUUCGUACUUAAUGAAAAUAAAGAAAAAAGAAUCUCAGCUGUGCGAGUUUUGUAAUAUUGCCAAAGAGACAAUAUAUCAUGUAUUUUGGGAAUGUCCAUACGUACAAAAUAUCUGGACUUGCCUUAUUAAUGCUUUAAGGGAAAGUAUGAAGAUGAAUAUAGAGAGGCAUCCCAAAGUGUUCUUAUUUGGUCUUGUACAACAAUUCAAGAUAGAAGGCCUGUAUUUACUUACAUUGAUAACUAAGAAAUACAUAAGCAUAUGCAGGUCCAGAUCCGACCCCCCCCCCUUGGGUAGGGUUAAUACAAUAUGUCAGAUGCUAUGGAAAUAUUACCAGGUUCUCAUUAUACAUGUAUCCUCAAGCGAAACGAACUAACAUACAACAGAUUUGGCUAAAUAUUGAUAAGAUAUUAGCGGAAUAACAAAACAAAACUGUUUAUAAUAUGUAUUUUUAUUUCUUGCUCAAAAUAAGAUCAGUAUUUCAGUGACUGAGCAUCUGUAUUAUAAGUAUUUGUGUGCACUACAGUGUGCGUGCGCCUUCGGAUGUGUGAGGCUGUAUGUGAAAAAUUGUGUGUACGAAUGUGCAUAUACACUAUAUUACAUUAAGACACAAUCUAUUAUAUCUCUAGUUCUUAUAGUGGUGCACAGUAUCACCUUGCUUUGUUGACGUAUUGUUCAGUUUAUAAUGUACUCUGUAAUGUACUGAAGAAUUUUGUAUAUUGUAUUAUACGUUCUACAAUAUUAAAAUAAAAUUUCAGUGACUGUGCACCCAUAAAAGUGUAUAUAUUGUAUUAAGCUAGAACUACUGAUGUAGUGUAUUGUUUUGUAUUUGUACUGAAAUGUGCUUUCUGAUUCUGUGAUGUAUUGCAUGUUCUCGUAUGUUUGUCUUCUUUGUAAUGUGCUGUAUUGUGUUUGUAUAUGUUUAAUAA